AUGGCCGCCUCCUCCUCCACCUCUAUUCUCUCUCCCACCACCACCAUAGUCCACCACCACUCCUCCAAGCUCCCCUUCACCUCCACCUCCACCACUACUACUUUCACCAACAACAGACCUCUCACCAGGCUCCACGUGUCCACCCCAACCAACAAGCCCGCCAACAACACCACCACCACCAGUACCAAGAAACCCACCUCGGAGACCGUCUUCUUCGACGGCGGGGCCCACUACGGCGACCUCGCCGCCAACCUCGUUCUCGGCUUCACUCUCCUGUGGCUUCCCCUAACGUUAGCCGCUGUCUUCCGGGCCUUCUUCCUUCGGUACAGGUUCACCAACCUGCGGGUGACGGUGAUAUCGGGACUGACGGGACAGGACAGGAGUGACUUCUCGUACAAGGUCAUCAAGGACGUUCAGGUUGUGCCGCGUUUCAUCGGCGAGUGGGGUGAUAUUAUCAUCACCCUCAGAGAUGGCACCAAGGUGGAUCUUAGGAGUGUGCCCAAGUUCAGAGAGAUUGCCAAGUAUUGCUUAUCCAUGGCUGAAAAGCCUGCCGUGGUUAAAGAAGCAGGAACCAAGGGCUUUUGAUUCUAAGCUUAGUUUCAUGCAAACCCUUACUUCUGUAUAACAAUCUGAGCUUUGUUAUUAUAAUGAUCCUUAUUUUUUUGUAGAUAAUAAACUUUACUUGGUUGUCUAUCUCUGCUAUUCAUAAAUUAAGAACUUAAUUCUUCUGUAAACAGAUUGUUGAAAUGCUUGUUGGGAUUGUA